AUGCCCCCAUUAAACGGUGGUGAUGACACAGUUCGGGUAUUAAGAAACCACCAUACGAUUAUGAUAUCAUUGGGACAACCCCAUCUGAAGCUUCUAAUUGAGGUUCACUAUCGCACAGUGGUCAUCAUGAAUGGCCCACUUCCAUCCGCAACAGAGACAAGAACAACUCAAUACCCUCUCGAUCGUCUCAUGGUGUUUAGUUUGUCCCGACAAGAACUCGAAAAAGUAAUACCAAAGUAUUACGACAUGAGUGUUCUUUCAAAGAACAAAAUAAAUGAAUUAUAUGAAAAAAUGGAAAAUCGGUUGACUUUGCCGAUUCGAUGGGAUUCUCUAAUUGUGGAGGCCAUCAUCUCAAAGGUGAUGGACAUAGACACACGCAAAAGCAGUAAUAGUCCAAGAGAUUAUAAUUCUGCACAAGAUGUCCAAGCAAAAGAGAAAAUCGUCAACAAAAUGCUAUCGAGAACAUUUGCCAAACUCAAGGUAGACGAGAUGGUUGCAAAAUAUCAAAUCCUCCGAUAUGCACUCCUUGACCCAGAUCUGAAUCCAAUUGGCUGUUGCCACUCUUAUAAAACCGCCUUUGCCAACUCCAUUUGCAAUAGUUACUCGGCCGAGGUGGCCGAGACCUGCAAAAGGAUGGUGGAGAGUGCUUUAGACCGUCAAGAUGACCGAAACAUAUUCCACCACGAGUCCAAGUUGGUGUCGGAUCUUCUGGAGGAUAUACUUGCCAAAAUAGAUGAUGGUGAUAUCGGUGAAGGGUACCAAGCUCUCAAACUAAUAUUUUCAUCUCAACCAUUAAAAGCACAUGUUGUCGCAAGUAUCGCUUUCUUACUUAUUUAG